UGCACGCCCCCAUGGAGGUGUCCACAUCGGUGGUGCUCAGGUUCUGCGAGGAAAACGUGCUCUGCCACUACUUCCGGCUUCUCACUAUUGUCGGCUGGCUGCCCCUUGUGGACACCAGCGAGCAGGUGCGCUGCCAGCCCGCGCUGCAGAUGCUCAACGUCAUGCACAACGUCGUCGUCUUCGUCAUACUCGUACUCGGGCACGUGCUUCAAUACACGUCCUGUUUCCGAAGGGACGGCAUCGUAAGCUACGGGUCGCAAGCAAUCCAUUCGUCCGCAGCAGUCAAGCACAAUGGAUUGGUCAACGGAAAAAACAUGAAGUGUGGCAGCAGCUGGUUUGCCGUGUACCUCCUGCCCGCUGUGAUGCAGGUCAUGGCGUACGUCAUCGCCUUGAUUCACAUGCGUUCGCACGAGAGCGAGCAGUUCCAGUCACUCGUCGAGAAGGUCUUCCUGCAGCUGACCCCUACCGACGUCUGGAACGUCGCCAAGAAGCGCAUCACGCGCCGGUUGCACGCCGUCUACGCCGCCGGCAUCCUCUGGAUCGCCGCCUCCUUGGCAUCGCAAUUGGUCAACGUCUACGCCGGCGGCACGCUCAGACUUGAGUGGAUGUACGUCGCGGAGGACGCCGAGGAAGUGCACUACUUCCUGCUCACAGCGCUCGUCUCGAUGCAGCUCUUGCACGACGUCGUGAGCAUGACCAUCGCUACGAGCUACGCUAUCCACUGCCAGCUACUACUCGUCUACCUACAGAACAUGUCGCAAGCCGUGCGAGAGAGGAGGAUGACCUUCCUCGAGUUCUUCCGCGGCAUCGAAGAGGCGCGUAAGGGCGUCCGGUAUCUCAACCAGCAGCAGGCUCUGGCGGUAACGGUGCAGACGAUAUGGGUGACGUCGAGGGUUGUGGUGCGCAAGCCGUGGACACACUGGCCUCUUUUCCUGGCCGGCUGACUCAACGUGUUCCUCUGGCUAUCACUCACGCUCUGCCACACUGUACCGUCUUCGGUAUCGCCCCACCCGCCGUGGUUGCUCAGUGGCUGUGGUGUUGGGCUGCUGAGCACGAGGUCGCGGGAUCGAAUCCCGGCCACGGCGGCCGCAUUUCGGUGGGGGCGACAUGCGAAAACACCCAUGUACUUAAAUUUAAA